AUGCAGCUCGCCAGAUUAUCUGCCAUUAGUGCGAUCCUUUCCUUCUCCUUUGGAAACGUGUGUUAUGCGUUGAGGCAGCCUCACUGGCGGUCGAGAGAGCAGUUGGUGGCACCAGAGGCUGGAGCGACGCUGCCCAAUGAUCCACAAUUUAUUCAGAUUCCAAUCGACCAUUUUGGGACGACAAACAACACAGACAGUUUUGCGAACCGUUUUUGGGUCAACGACACCUACUACGAAUCUGGUGGGCCUGUUUUCCUAUUCGACUCUGGAGAGCAAGAUGCAGAGCCGCUGUUACCCUACUACUUACAAGAGUAUCAUGGCCUGUCGGCCACGAUGCGUCUGGCCAAACGGUACAACGGACUAGCUAUCUUAUGGGAGCAUAGAUUCUACGGCGAUUCUCUCCCCUUCCCCGUGAAUGCCAACACCACCGCAUCGCAAUGGCAAUUCCUCACCACCGAACAAGCCCUCGAAGACGUCAUCUUCUUCGCAAACAACUUCAACUCGUCCCUCCACCCCUCCACCACCCCCUGGAUCUUCCUCGGCGGUUCCUACCCCGGCAUCCGAGGCUCACUCCUCCGGCAACGUAACCCUUCGACGAUCUUUGCGACCUGGGCGAGCUCCGCGCCCGUCCAAGCGCAGGUCGAUAUGGCGAGUUAUUAUAAGGCGGCGGAAAGGAGUCUUACGAGGAACUGUUCGGCGGAUUGGGUGGCUGUGACGAGAUUCGUGGAUGAGACUUUGGGAGGUUCUGGUGAGGGUGCGAAUGAGACGGAGAGGACGGAGAUGAAGUUUAAGUUGUUGAAGGCGAGGUUGAGUGGGCCGGGCGGUAAUACGAGUGGGGCGGCGAAUUUGACGAUGGAGCAGGCGAAUAGGACGAGUAAUGUGGAUGCGGCGAGCAUCCUUAUGGACCCGUUGGAUUUCUAUCAGUACUACGGCUUCAACGCCUCCCUCCUUCCAUUCUGUAACAUCCUCGAAACUCAAAACUUUACAGAACCAGCUCUCGAGUCCGGUAUUGCUUCUACCCAAGAAGUCGAGGUCGCUUUCGAAUCUUUCCUGACCGCCCUUGCUGAAAUCGACUACGACUCCAUCACAGGUGGCGCGGACGACCCCGUUGCGGAUCGGUCGUGGAUGUGGCAAUAUUGCUCAGAGUAUGGUUUUUACCAGCGUGGAGAUCCCAACAACCCCCUCUCCAUCGAGACCUCGUUCCUCUCUUUGGAUCUGUAUCAAAGUCAAUGUAACUCGACGUUCCCGGAAGGUCUGCCGCCAUCGCCUGCCGUAGGCAAUAUCAAUAAGUACGGAGGAUGGGAUAUGGCGCCAUCCAAUAUACUGUUCACCAACGGAGAAUUCGAUCCCUGGCGAACGAUGGGCUUAGCCUCUAUUGAAGAUAACGCUCCUCAUCGCCUGCCCAAUCCCGCCGUCCCUCCGUGCAACACCCCUUCAACCAACACCUCCUUCUUCGGCCUCACCCAUGCUAACAUGGUCCACGUCAGCGACAUGCGCGUCUUACUCACGCCCGACUCCAACCACACGGACUUUAAGACCGUAGGAUUCUACAGUCCGAUAUCGCAGGAGCCGUUUUACUCGGGGUUGGGCUUGUUCCAGUUGGCGUUGGAUGAGUGGUUGCCGUGCUUCGCAAAUGGGACCGCGGGUUUUUAA